AUGUUAAUGAAAUAUGUGAGCUUUGGAAUUUACCUAUCUCCCCUCUCAAAUUCAACAACAGCAAUUUACUUUAUUUUGAUUGCACUUGUCAACAUUAUUCAGCUGUACAUUAAGUUUAACUACUCAUUUAACUUUUCAAGAAUUAUGUGUGAAGUCGAUGUAUGUGGAUAGGCAAUCUGCACCUACAACUAUUGCCUUUGUGUCCUAUUAAGUACCUUUAACUAUAAAACCACGAAUGGAGAUUUCAUCCUUGCUUUCUUAAUGAAUUUCGUUCUCGCGUACAUUGUUGUAAUGGUGAGGCGCAGUAAUUGGAAUUCUAAGCUUUAUAAGAACUUGCUAGACAUUAAAAGCAUGCAAGGCUAGGAAAUCUUUGUGUAUCGAAUGAUAGAAUGUAUAUAAAGAUAUUCCUUUGAGGAUCAAUUAGUUCUUAACGGAUUUCUUAAGUAUCAUAAACUAACUUGCUCUCACAAAAAAUGCCUUUGCAAAUUUGGAAAACUUAUAGCAUCUGAUAUUGAUAUGGAAUAAAGAGACUUGCUAAUCAAGAUGAAAUUUCAAGGAAUAGAUGAGGGAUUAGAUUUUAAAAAAGGACAAGGUUAAGCUAGUUAUUUAGACUAAAAUAAAAUUUCUCCUGGUAAAUAUAACAGUACCUCCGUGGGAUUUAACAAUCGAGAGUCAUAGAUUAAUUUAGACUAAAUUGAUCACUAAAAUAUAUAGAAUGCUUAACAAGAGUAAUACGUAAUAGAUUAUCAGCAAUUAUUGAGGAAACCCUAAAAUGUGAGAUAUCAGGGGAUGUAUGCAUAAAUAAAAUCAUCUAAACAGAUAUAGCUCAUGAAUCUCCUGUGUAAUUGGUUAGAGAUUCUAUAUGUAGAACAGGGUUAAAAGAGAGCUAAGAUACUUGAAGGAUUUAUCUAGUCAAAGAUAGCUGGAAAAGACAUCUAUGCUUUAUUUAUAUUAUCUGUCAUCUCUCAAGAUAGUCUUAACUUUUAAGAAAGUACAGCUAUAUUUUGCUACCAAAAAAUAAUAAAUGACUAGGUUAAUAAUAAAUUGAGUAAAUUAACAAAGACCUCCUUAAAUGUAUUGGAUAUCCAAAAAUAAGUUUAAUUUGAGCAUAAAAUGGCCAGAUUUUAUCAUCACAUAGACUAAUCGAUUCUAAAAGUCUAAGGUAUUUGGAGUACCCUUAAUAAAAAUUAUGAAGGAAGUUUGAGUAAAGAUGAACUUAAGAGUGGCGGGAAUUUAAACCUGGACAUUUAGUAAAUUGCAGGCUAAAAUCAAAAUUAACAGUAAAAUCAAGAUAACGUAACGUCAUCAGAGUUUGCUUAACUUUAUAAAGAUCUUGUAAGCAUGACAAAUUAAGCUUAGAAAGUCCUAGACAAGUAUAAUUCCAUCCGAGAAUUAAUGCCUAACUAUAUCUAAGUUAUACUCUGUUACGAUAUAUUUAUUAGACAAGUGAUAAACUAUGAGUAUGAUUCUAUAAAGCUCUAACAGUUGAUCAAUGCUUUGAAAUAAAAACGUAAAAUUAUGAAUAGCAGUUAGUAGUCACUGGAUCUAUUUGAUAUGAACUAAAAAAUUGGUGUAAUAGUUAUAAGUGGACUUGAGAAAUAACUUGGUAAGAUGAAACUAGUCAACUUGGAAGUAACAAACAUCACAGGUCACAAGAUUAGCAGACUAAUUAACAGCAAUGUAUCAGUAAUACUCCCUGAUGAAAUAAAUGAGACCAUUCAUAAUAAAUUUAUCAGCAAAUUUCUUACGAGGAAGCCUAAAUCAACCUACAUAAAUUAGCCUCAAAUUCUUUGGGUUAAGAGAACUAAUGGCUUCAUUCUUCCAAUCAACUUUAUCGUUUAGCCUUUCUUUGAUUAGCUCUAGGGUUUAUAGUUCAUAGCCUUCAUGAAAACAUUUAAAGAAUCACCUUAUGAGAAUGUCCUAUCAAAAAACUAUAGUGAAGACUAUUUUACAAUUUUAAGUGAUCGGAAUGGAAAAAUAAUAGGAAGUUCAGAGAAUUUUGCUAAUAUAUUUAAGUACUAGAAUAUAUCUGAACUUAAGUACCAAGAUUUUAACAUCUUUGAUAUGGGGCCAGAAAUACUUGGAAUGCUGGACAAUAGGAGUUCUAAAAAUGAAAGAAAAGUCUACUUUAACGUGACAGAUUAAACCACCCCUAAUAUUAACAAUAUAAUUCAGCAAAGUCUUAUAAGCUAUAAGUUUGAUAUAAAAGAAUAAGAUACAGAAUCUAAAACAAAACUAUCAUCUCAUUUAAGCAGAUAGACUUCAAAGGUAAGCGAUGAUGAGGGAUAAGAAUAAGAUAUUUCUCAAGGAUAUGAUAUCAGCCCCUCUAAUAGAUAAAAUUUUUUAUUCACAAGAAUGAAUACAACAUCUGCUUAUGUCAAGGCAGAUCUAAGAUUUCUAAAUAAAUGCUAGGAGCUUUCUAUAUGCGUGUUCUAUGUGGCUUUGGAUAAAAAUAGUGGUAUUAAUUAUACAUAAAACAAAAAUUUGAUUAUUGAACCUUCAACUAUCUCACAAUUAAAUGCUGCUGAGCAGGACCAUAUUUCAUAUGAAGAUAACAACAGUUAGUCUAUGAGCUCUUAAACAUCAAACUCAAACAAUCUAUAGCAUUUGAAAAAUUUGAAAGAAGAUAUUAAUCAAGAUGCCAAGCCUAAGCAAGUUGCUUUGCUUCAAAAGUAUCUUCUACUCUACACUGUAGUAUUUUUAACUCUUGCUAUUACUGCUAAUGUCUUGGCCAGGAAUGAGGGAAAAACAUUAAUUAGUGACUUUAACCUGUAUUCAAAAUGCAAACACCUAUUUGGAGAUAUUGUUGAACUUAGACAAGGCUUUCAAGAUUAUGUCCUAUUAGUAAAUAAUGAAACAAUCAAGCAGUUGUCAAUAAUAAAAGAUAGAGUGCAAUACUUAAAGUAAGAUAUGCAGGAUGGGUUAUAAACAAUUAAGACUCUAGCUAAUGAAAUCGAAUGA